AUGGCCAUCCCACAACAGGUUAAACGCUUCCCCCGCGACUCGUGGGACACUGUCAUAUUUACACACCCACCCAUCCCACAAGGCAUGUUAGACGCAAAGGCUACCUGGGCUGCAUGCCAAGCAAGCAAGCACUGGCAACGGGCAUUCGAUGACGACACAAACACCACAACCGUCGAUGAUGUCGACUUUGCUCUCGCCGUCUUUGAUGUCGCCUACCACCUCAAGGAUUACCUGCUUGGCGUCGCCCUGCAGACCAACAGCCGCAUCACAGACCCCGACAACUGGCGUAAGCUCACGGAUCAUCUCAUUGCCCGCGCGUACCGCAUCGCCUGCACCUCCGUCUCCGCACGACUCCCACAAUUCUCCCUACCCACGCUAGAUGCUGUGCGCGACUUUGCGCGCGGCGCCAUGGACUGCGUGUUCGAAGAGGGCGUCGAUUCCUGGGGGCGUCUUGUCCCGUGCAACGGCUAUGACGAGUCCCGCUACACAGACCGGUACAUGCCUGAUCCCACCACGCUGCCGCCUCGCGCAUUUACUGUCGUCAACCACUCACUGGACAACGACGACGAGCGCCUUGUCCUGCUCCUCGACCACGACGGCAACAUCCACGAUGGGGUCUUCUACAGCGUCCUCAUCCUCGAACUCGUCCCCGUCCUCGCGCUCGACCGCACCAAGCUCCGACCCACCGGCUGCGGCUCACGUGUCUACCCCCGAACACUGCUCCCCGCUGCACCUGCAGACGUCGCGUCGUUGAACGAACCGGUAUUGUAA